AUGGCAUCCCCUUCCCUGGAGAAAAGGGCCGAUACAUCAAGGCGCCAUUCAACUGUGAUAUGGCAUCGGGUGGUUCGUUCUCUCAUCUACCUACUAGCAUGGAUUUUCCUGCUGCUGGUGGUGAUCGGAAACCUCGCCAACAAACCGGUUCUGCGCGAUACCUAUUUUCUGUAUCUUGACACCGCCAAUAUCAUUCCCGAGUCAGUGCCGAACUCGGUUUUUAUCAACAGUGCUGCUCGGACUAUUGGUCUCCAUGACUUUUAUCAGGUCGGGCUCUGGGAUUUCUGCGAGGGAUAUGACGACGCCGGCAUCACACAUUGCUCUCACCCAAAGUCCCUAUAUUGGUUCGAUCCAGUGUCCAUUAUGCUGAAUGAGCUCCUUGCUGGUGCGACAGUUGCUAUACCCACGGAAGUCACAAACGAUCUCUCCAUCGCUAGAAUUGCGUCUCACUGGAUGUUUGGACUUUUUAUUACAGCAACGGUGUUGACUUUCGUUGCCAUCUUCGUCACGCCUUUUGCAACAUCCAGGCGGCCACCACAGACGGUUUCGUCGGACGAACAUGUCAACGAAGACAUUCACCCGCACCGUCGGCCAACUUUUAUUUUCAUUCGAGCUCUGCCAAUGGCCAUUUUCACUUUUCUAAUAGCUCUAUUCACCAUUGUGGCCUCGGCCAUUGCCACAGUCAUGUUCACGAUUUUCGCCAAUGUCUUCAUGAACAAUACCGUCGAUCUGAACAUCCACGCGUACCUGGGAAAGCGAAUGCUGGCCUUCAUGUGGAUUGCCUCGGGGCUGAAUCUGAUCGCGCGCGCCCUUCCACCAAUUGCUCAUCAGCGAGCAUCUCGCCAGUCAGCGCAAAAGACAAUGAGCGUUAUUCUGUGUACAGCGGGGUAUGACCAUACCAUUCGAUUCUGGGAGGCCCUCUCCGGUAUCUGUUCUCGCACCCUCCAACAUGGCGAUUCUCAGGUCAACCGACUUUGUAUCACGCCCGACAAACGAUAUCUUGCGGCAGCGGGUCACAUGAAUGUCAAACUGUUCGAUAUCAAAUCCUCAAACCCGAAUCCGGUGAUGACCUUUGAGGGUCACACCAACAAUAUCACCGGCGUAGCUUUCCACUGCGAAGGGAAAUGGAUGGUCACCAGCUCGGAGGAUGGCACUGUCAAGGUCUGGGACACGCGCUCAGGCAGUCUGCAACGCAACUACGUGCACAAAGCCCCUGUCAAUGAUGUGGUCAUUCACCCGAAUCAGGGCGAAUUGAUUAGUGGCGAUCGAGCGGGCACUGUUCGAGUCUGGGAUUUGGGGGAAAGUGUCUGCACUCACCAAUUGAUUCCGGAAGACGACGUUGCUGUUUCCAGUGGCAAUGUUUAUAUCUGGCGCAUGAUCCAAGACACCGAAGUCACUCGCAUUGUACCAGUUGCUACAUUCCUUGCUCACAAAGACUACCUUACUCGGGUUCUGUUGUCUCCUGAUGUCAAACAUCUGGCUACGUGUUCCGCAGAUCAUACGGCCAAAAUAUGGAAUCUCGACCAAUCGUAUCCUCCUGCUGUAGCAGCAGCAGCGGCGGCAGCUUCUUCCCAAACCAAUGGCCAUGGGACAAAUGGAACCGCAAAUAAAAACUCCAAUCCACCUACUAUUAACGGCGUAUCAAGCAAUGGCACCGCCUCUGCCAACCGAACUACAACAUCAACCGACAUGGCAGCAAGCGACUUCAGCAUGGUUGGCAGCAACCAAAGCCUCAAUCCCAUCCCUCUUCUUCCCGGCCAACAACCAAGCCAACAGCAGCAACAGCAACAAAACAGCUUUCCCACACAACCCGAUGGACCGCCCAUCGACCCAUCAACGGGCACACUCUUCCUCGAGACUACCCUUUCGGGACAUCAACGCUGGGUAUGGGACUGCGCAUUCUCCGCCGAUUCCGCAUAUCUGGUUACCGUGUCUAGCGAUCAUUAUGCGCGUCUCUGGGAACUAGCAUCGGGCACCAUUAUUCGUCAAUAUAGUGGACAUCAUCGGGGAUCAGUAUGCGUUGCCUUGAACGACUAUUCGGAGCCUCGUUGA